AAACCACUGUAUGUAAAACCAGUUUUAAAAAAAUGUGUUUUUGAUAAAUGAGUUCACUAAAACAAAACAAGGUACAUGCAGAGAAGAAGCUCAGUGACAGUUUAUCAGCAUAAAAUUAUUUGAUUUUUUGUCUUGAGACAGGUAUGGUCCCAAAAUAAUUAACUAAAUGUAAGGAUGGAAAUGUAACAAAGAAUUAGUCCAGCAUUUUAAAGAUUAACAAACAACUAUUAUUUAUUUUAAUAACACCUCUGGUACUUGUUUUUUUUAAAUUUUUUUUUUCUUCCCCUUUUUUCUUUUGUUAGUUGUGUGUGUGGGUUCAGCUCCACCAGUUGAUUUCCAGAGUAUGGAUUGCUCACCUCCAAGACGGAUCCAUAGUAAAGAGAUGUCCUGUAGGAGCAACGCUGCAGAAGCCAUUGAUUAUUCAGAAAGGUCAGCCCCCAAAUGUGUGCAGCCCCAUAAAGACCCUCUGCUGCAGCUGGUGUCCCUGCAGAAAGCGUCUGGCAGCUGGAUGCUUGAUGAAGAUCUGGCUGCUGUGCUGGGAAAGACCAAAGAGGAGGUGGAAAAGGCAAAACCAGAAUUGGUCAACAAUGAAGUGUGGGCCUCCAUUCUGGCUCUGAUUUGGCUUCAUGCUUUUAAGAUGGAUGCAAAGGAGGAGUGGGAGCUUCUGUCUAUGAAGGCUGCAUCAUGGAUUAAAGCUCAGAACGCUCCAUGUGUGUCGGAGUGUGUUGAAGCUGGAAAUAAACUGUUGGGUUGCAGCGUGAAGAAAGAAGCUCUGAGCCUCUGAGGUUUUCCAUGAACAGCCUUCAGCUUUACUAUGGAAACUAUGCUGCAUUUGUUGAGGAUGUAAUAGUUCAUUGCUGUUCUUUCUGUGUUUAGUUAUAAUGUUCAGCCUUUCUGUGCUUUAAGCAGUUUUAAAAAGCAAAGACACCAAAGAUGUGUAAAUAUUAGUUAAAUGGUGAUUUUGUAACUAACUCACAAGCUGGUUUUCUGGACCAGUUGCAGUCAGGUUUAUUUGUAAUGUACAUCUUGUCAAAUAAAGCACUGUACUUUUGAAUUAUGAG